AUGUGCAAACAUAUUCUCAAUGCCUAAGUUGCCAUCAGAGCCCAAUGUUGCAAAAAAUGGUUUGAUUGUGCUGAUUGUCAUUAAGAACUGGAAGAUCAUCCAUUAUUGAAAAACAUUGAGAUGGUUUUCGCUUGUAAGAAAUGCAAGAAAGUUUUCCGUAAAGACAUCACUGAUUAUGAUGAAUCAGAUGAAUAUUGCCCACAUUGUGAUAAUCACUAUGUCAUCAAAGCAGUUACACAAGAAUCAAAGGAGAUUCAGAAAUUUGAGAAUUUAGUUAAAGAAGUCAAAUAGUGAUUUAAAUAUAUGGUCAUCUAUUUAUCUUAAAUAUUCAAUUAUAAAA